CUGAGAAUCUUUGUUAUGGGCAGGACAUUUCCAACAUCUCCUUAGAAACGAUUACAACUUAGACGCAAGUGUAUUGCAUCAUAAAAUAAAACAAAAGUACCUCAAAUGAAAACCUUCGGAACAACAUGUUCCGUACCGAAUUUAUAGGGGGACUACUUUCUUUGUUGCUCGUACACGGAGUGAAGUCGUGUUGCACAUAUUAUUAGCCAUUUCCGUAACCUUAUUGUGUAAGUGUCUCAUUCAUUUUGUAUUUGCGUUAGUAGCACGCCAAUGUCUUCAGCAUCUUCUCUGGGCAUCGGUGCUCCAGAUAUUUUUUAAUUAUUUCAAAUGAAAUUAAACUACUGCCGGCAGAAAGUGCGACCGUCUCCUCGAACCCCUGUCGGUUCCCAUGGGAAGUGUCCUGGCCUUGUCCUCUCGCCCAGGGCGUCAGAAUUCCCCCUUCCCGCACGACAGGCCGCUCUCGCGAUGGGACCGCAGGGACGGUCGCCUUUCUAACCCCGGCAGCUUUGACGGGCUACAUCGCAGCUGCAAAGAUGUGUUUCCUCAACAAACUGAAGGAGUCAAACUGGUCGUCAAUAAGAUUCUCAGCAGUUUCUUUAAGGUUAGCCACACUUUACAUCUCAGCGCUGUGGGCCCUUCAUGUUAUCGUUUCCAUGCUUCGUACCUGCAGUCGGAUACCGACAGCAAGGAAAAGUACUCCCCCAUGCUGAUUGGCGAAAUGGACUCCUCCGGAAGUUUGAAUGCCCAUUCCCUUCUCCAUCUAAGCGAGAGAAUCCGAACUAAGGCUGUAUUCCAGACUCAGCAGUCUCAGUUCGUCACGUGGCAGUUUGAGAUGGAAUAUAGGGGGAGUGACUUCACGGCGGCCGUCACCUUGGCCAACCCAGAUAUUCUCAGGGAGUCAGUGAUCAUGGUGGCACACUUCCUACAGAGUGUUUCCUCACAGUUGGUACUAGGAGGGGAGCUUGUGUACCACCGAAGCCGAGCAGAGGAAGGUGGUAUCCUCACUUUAGCGGGCCAGUAUUCAGGGCCAAACUGGGUGGCUACAUUAAAUGCUGGCAAAGGAGGUGCCCAUGCAAGCUACUACCACAAAGCCAACAAACAGAUUCAGGUAGGGGUGGAGUUUGAAGCUAGCACCCGCACCCAGGAGACCACCUUCUCCUUCGGCUACCAGAUGGACCUUCCUGAAGCAAACAUGGUCUUCAGAGGCAUGGUGGACAGCCGAUGCAUCAUCGGCGCCGUACUGGAGAAGCGGCUCUCACCCCUGCCUGCCACCCUUAUCAUGGGGGCCUUCGUCAACCACCGUGGGGACAAGCUGCAGUGUGGCUUGGGGGUGAAUGUUGGGUAGAUGGCUGUCCACAAGGCUCCAGUGCCUAGAUACACUGUGGCAGGCCAAAGCGGUGGGGUUGCGGUGGCUGUAACUCACCCCCAGCACUCUGGCCCGCGCAUU